UUGGGCUCCUGCAGUCAAUUAAAAAUGGAACAAGAGAAAUGGCGAAAUUUAUGGAAAGUUUCUCGUGAAUUUCUCGAGAAGCAAAUCGGUUUUUCAAACACCAUUCACCAAGCGAUGUUAGAAAAGGUAGAACUUUUGGAGGAUCAUUUGUUUCAAGCAUCGGAGGAUGAAAAUAACCAGAUGCCAAAUAUCUUCAAGGAAUCGUACGAAGAACUCUUGACUAUGAGCAAGGCCAUACAAAACUUUGUUUGUGACUGGCAAAAGCUGUUGUUGCUGAAAAGCAAUGCCACCAAGCAACAAUUCCUUCAAGAAGAACCUGCUGCUAAACCGAUGCCGGACUACAUGAAACCAUUGACGAAGUAUGAACCAAAUCAAGCCAUUUCACUAUUGAUCGUUUACAUUCCUCCGUCCCUCGAGAACGUUGCUUACGCAAUGGACAUCGAGGAAAACGAUGUUAAAUGGUGUGAACAUCUACAGAACGAACAGAAAUCCAUAAUUACGAAACUACCUUCAGCUGGAACGGUGUUUUGUGUGCUUCUGGAUGGAUUUUGGUUUCGCGCGGUACGCAAUUCCUCUAUUGUGUCUAACAAUAUAAAAAUACAAGACCAGAACAAAAGCUUCUUGUAUAUGCUAGACACGGGGGAAACUGUAUCAUACGAUGAUACACUUACAAUUGCCGAACUGCCCUCGUCGUAUCAGAAUAAACCAUCAAGAGCGAUGAGGUGUCGUAUUCGAUCUGACGUGAGGGAUCCAGCGUUUAAACAAUUCGACGUACUGGAAUGCCGCGUUAUUUCCAUCGAUGAAAAUAACAUACUUAAUGUUGAAGUGCAGCAUAAUCCGGAGAAAGCAGCACCAGUCGAAGAAAGAAACCCUCUACAAAAUCCAACGAAAGAAGAGUUAGAACAGUGGCACGAAUUACCAGAGAGUACGACGAAUGCAACGAAAGCGCUGCUAGGUUACGUUCCAAAGGAUGAUGCCACCAUCUGCAAAUUUUACAACCCACGAACGAGACGAUGCUUUAAAGGAAGCAAUUGUCGACUACGGCAUAUCGAGCGCGAUCCGGACGGAUGGACACUUGAUAAAGAUACUAUUGUUGUGGACGUAAAGGCGCAAAUGGAAAUUCCUCAACCCAACACCCGAGUAAAAUUGCACCCAACGUUUGUUGAUGAUGUGAACCUUUUCUACGCAAAUAUAGUUCCAGAGUGCCAAACAAUUCGAUCGGACAUCGCAUCCUUGCAUUAUAAACUGAAUGAUCCUGAUUCAGUAGCUCGUUACAAAGAGAUUAAACGCUUCCCGUGUGCCGGUGAGUUAGUUCUGGCAUUGUACGAAAAUGAUUGGUACCGCGCAAAAGUAAUGGACUUCUUCGAAGAUAACACGGCAUAUGUGUUCUACGUCGACUACGGUAAUACAGCUACUGUUAGUAUGAGUGAGUUACGAUUAUGGGAAGAAAGAUUCAGCUACGUGCCAUACCUUGCGGUAGGGUGCACGAUUGCCAACGCCCAGCGUGUUAAGGAGUGUCACAUCGAAGCUAUCGUACAGCUGCAAAACGUCCUUCUCGAUAAGAAAAUUGAUGCAUUGAUUAUCAACAACGAUAGUCUAUGGGAAGUGCAAAUAUUCGACGAGGAUGGAUGUGAUAUCGGCCAAUGUCUUGUUGAUACUCACCUAGCGCUUCCACGACAGCCAACCGAAUUCGAUAUUAACUCGGCUCUCCCCGGUUGAAGCACAGACUUUUAAUGUUCGCUAUAUUUCCAUUUACUUCUUUACUGACAAUACAUUUUUUUCCAUUUCCGACAAAUCAAUCAAUUAAAUAAUAGCAUAUUGUUCGUACAAAAGGUCCCUUAUUUUGUAGUAAUCUUCAGAGAUACAACCUUCGAUCGUCACUCGUCCGGUAUCGACUCGUCGUAAGGCUACAGUUCCAUUACUGCACCAUAAAACACCCCCAGAAAACUCGGACGCAAUGUUGCUUCUCAUUAACACCUGUUUGAAGUCAAUCAAUUUCAACUCGUUAAUAAACACCGGAUUAUGAGGUUGUAAAUCCU